AAUAAUUUAUAAUAAUUUGAUAUUGCUUUAUCGCCUGAAUUUGAAAUAUUUCUCGGCUUAAAAUUUACAUUUUAAAUGUUUUCUUCGGUGUUUUUAAUACUAUAGUGCCUUCGUUUGGCUGAAUGCGUUUUUGACUGACUCCUACCCAAAAUCGUUCUUCAAGGAUUGGAGGAAAAAAAAACAUAAAAUGUUAAGAAAUUCCUCUUAAAUAUUCGCUGAAAAUUUGCAAUGCCUCCGAUUCCGUUAGAAGGUAACCAGCCCAACAUGAAUAACGGGCUACCUCCAGAAGGAUCAAUAUCUCUGUCAAUAUUGAUUGAUUUUAUUGUACAACGUACUUAUCAUGAGCUCACGGUGUUGGCAGAAUUGUUGCCGCGCAAAGCCGACAUGGAACGGAAACUGGAAAUUUACAAGUUUGCUGACCGCACCAGACAGUUGUUUGUUCGCCUUCUCGCCCUCGUGAAAUGGGCAAACAGUGCUUCCAAAGUGGACAAAUCUACUCAAAUAAUGGCGUUUUUAGAUAAACAGUCAAUGUUAUUCAUAGACACGGCAGACAUGCUCGCCAGAAUAUCUCGGGAAACCGUCGUGUCAGCUCGGCUACCUAAUUUUCAUAUUCCAUCUGCCGUUGAAGUAUUGACAACGGGUACUUUCUCCAGAUUACCGGCUUGCAUUCGUGAAAGAAUCGUACCACCAGAAAAAAUCACUCCUGCCGAAACUCGCGAAACGCUAUUGCAAUUGAAUAGAGUCAUUCAGCAUCGACUGGUCUGCAGUAAUUUAAUUGGUGAAAUGAGUUGUAAAAAAGUGUCAAACGGUCGGGUUACGUUUCGCGUGGAAAACGAGUUUCAAGUGUCUUUGACGUUGAUGGGAGAUAACCCUAACAUACCGUGGAGACUUUUAGAUGUUGAAAUAUUAGUUGACGAUAAAGAAACCGGCGAAGGUAAACCGUUGGUACAUCCUCGACAGACCCAGUAUAUUCAUCAAAUAGUCCAGGCUAGACUGCUGGAAUGUUGUAGUACUGGCGGCGAGCCUCUUACUCAGGUCUACAUGGUAUUGCACUACUUUUGUCAAUCGCUGCAAUUAGAAGUGUUGUUUUCCCAAACCAGAGUGUUGUGUAAAGACAGAUUGGACGGUCACAUACACAUAACCGAAUACAAAGCUGGAAAAAGUUUAGUCGUUUCGUACUGGAGAGAGCUAUCGCGCAGCGUGUCCGAACAAUUUGGAUAUUCAUUAACCGUUUCUGUGGACGACAAAGAACCCAAUAAACCGUUGUUGAUACUACAUUCACCGUCUUUAGGCACAAAGGAUGCGGAGAUUACAGAAAAAUCAAUUGGCACCGAUCAUUUAUCCAUGGAACGGCUGUUAGUGCACACAAUUCAUGUGCGUACUAAAAUUCGUUUAUCUGAGCUUAAGAUAGAAUUGGAAAAUGUGUUGAAAGAUGUCGAGUGCAAUUUGCAAGGCUCCCCGGCAAUAUUGUCAGUCGCUAUACUUAACCCUUGCUUACGGGCCGAACAAUUGCUGAUAACGGUCGAUACACAUUCGGGUAUGCUUCAAUGCCACGUUCCUGAAUUCAACCCGCCCAGUAUAGUUCAGUUACAACAGGCUUUGAAUAGCGAACCGUCGAAGAUACCAAUUCUCCUAAGUGAAUUGAGAUUUUGGAUUACCCAACGCCGCUGUGAGACUACGUUACAACACUUGCCAGCCACAGCGUAUGAACGGUUGCCCGUAUUACAUCAUAUCGAUCAUCCGAUGUCAAAAAUUAGCCGUCAUCGUAUGUUUAUCAAAUUACAUAAAAUAUCAAAUAUAAUAUUGAUUGUGGAAUUUGCCGAGAAUGAAAAGUCCCCUUGUAGAAUUGAAUACAAAUUUUAUAUUGCCAGUGUGAAGAAGUCGUCUAUUGAAGAUAACCCCAACGACGAUUCGAUUGAAACCGAUAUACCGAAAAUGUAUUUGAAAGUCUUGACUUUGCUCACUUUGGAGAAAUUUGUAGCGACUCAUGGACCGUUUACAGCCGUCAUCGAAGAGCAACACGAAAAAAUCGAUCCGUACAGUCGAAAAAGGAACAUCAUAAGUAACGACAAACCGAGAAAAGUUCCUAAGCACCCAGCUUAUUUUAUACCCGAGCUUGCUCACAUAGUCGCCUUGUGUGACGAACGAUUGCCAUUCACUGUGUUGGCACAAGAACUAUCAAAGUAUGGAAUCAGCAAUCAAGGUGUCCAAAUCGAGGCCAACGCUACUACCUUUGUUUUGAAAAUUUUGUCAUUACCGCCUCCUUCUGGCAUCGAAGCUACAAAUCCAAAAUGGAUAUCGCUUUGCAAACGUGUGUUGUCGAUAUCGAUUCGAGUCUAUGGCAAAGGUACUACUCGAUGUUGGACUACCGAAUAUGUGUUUUAUGGAAGUCCGUUGCCCAGCAGACAUAGCAGAGAGCAGGGAGCUCGUCGGCCGGUUUACAUAAACUAUGAUGUCGGCGUUGCAGAAAAUAUUUCGAAAACAGUCGAGACAAUACUAAACGACUGGUUCCAAAUCGUACAUUUGUACUUUUUAGUUGAAGACCUAUCACCUUAUUUGCAAAUGGAAAAAAACAACUUGCAGUCUAUGAUAAGUAUAAGGAGUUAUAAUUACUUGAAACUUAUCAUAGGAUACGGCGCCCAUAGACGUUCAACAGCGACGAUCCAGUGGAACUCGUCGACUAGUGGAUUCACUAUAGUUUUUGGUUCACUUGACAGUAGUAUUAAUCCACAUAAUUUAAUUAAAGAACAAUUCGAAGGGUACCUCAACAGUAACAAAAUGUUGUCCAUGCUCAUCCACGAAAUGUUAGAUACAUUAAACCCUCUUAGUGCGAUUUGCAAAUUGCCAUCGAUACCGCAGCUCUGUGUUUUACAAGUCAGGCCCCAAGUACCAGUAAUAACUUUUGGAAUAGUCGCCAACUCGACUAAUUUGAUUAAAGUGAUUUACGAAGGACAAUAUUGUAUAGAAAUAACAUUGAAAUGGGGAAACUUGGUCAGUAUCAGGGACGGAGCAUACAGCAGAUAUGACAGGACAUCUGUGAUUUCUGAUUAUAUACCUACUCCAGGACUAAAAGCGUUUUUGUACAAAUAUGUAGACGAAACUAAUAUAUUUAGAAGACGAUCUCAAUCAGAAGAUGACAAUCCACCAUCUCCUAUUACGAUGGAUAAUAUCGAAAGCAACUUCUUGGGCGGCUCUUCGCAUAGAGGUCCUCAAUCGCCUGCCCAAGGUUUACGAUUUCAUACUCCGGGUAAUACUUCAUCAGGAAGCAAUCCGCACACGCCAUCUAGCCCACAUCCCGCUGUCGGAGGUAUGUCGCAAACUAACCAACAGCAAUAUACCAAUAGUCCUGCUUCGUCUUUCAAUUUGGCUUCUCCGCCGUCAUUGCCAUCCGGCGUCAACCCAUCACCAUCUGUGCUUCCACAUCCUUCUCCGGGUUCCAGUUUGUUGGCGAGUUCUCCGUCGAAUCCUCUACACGUACCAAGUCCAGCAGGAAUGUUAUCUACGUCUUCUCCCGGUCCAGGUUCGGGCUUUGGUUUGAGCUCUAGUACUCAUCCUCCAGAAAUGAGUCCUUUUCCUUCUCAGAGUAUAACUUCCCCGGCUGCAUCGAAUUGGCCCGGAUCUCCAGGUUUGCCACGUUUAUCACCGGCCAGAGCUCAAGGACAAUCUCCGGCGAGCCAUUCGCUGCAAAGCCCAGAUCACAAAAGUGGGUUCACUCAUACGUCCAGAGUACUUCCUCAGAAAUCUUGGGCAGGAGCCGUUCCUACAAUUAUCACACACGAAGCCUUGGAUUCUCUAUGUACACCAACGGCUCACCCGCAAGGACUUGCCGCGCCCAAACAAUGUCCCCUGGAACGGUUCUUGGGGUGUGUUUACAUGAGGAAGAAUCUCCAACGUUUCGUUCAGACGGAAGAAAAUCUUGUCUCGUUAAACUGUUCCGAACCGGGUGUUGUGAAUUUUAAAGUGGAAAAUUUACAAUGUCGCAUUUUUAUAAAUAUGCAACAUUUCCAAUCGUUGCAUUUGAAAAUAUCUUGUAUCCCGGAUCAAAAAGAUCCGUGGACCAUGGAAGAACUAAGCAUAUUGGAAAACUUCUUCGAGAACAAAGUGGCAAUACCGCCGUGCAAGCCGAACACGUUGCUGGGCUUCACGCGCAUGUUGAACUGUUCGUACACGGUACUCAAGGAUUUCAUACAGAUAAUCAAAUUGGAGAUGAUUCCGGGCCUGAUUCAGCAACAUCAAAUGAAAUGGACGGUACAAUGGUGUUUGCGAAUACCGCCAUCGGCCACGCCAAUUGUGCCCGUCGGCAAGGAAGCCCUGCUGAUAUGUCGCAAUAAAAUAUUGUUUUUCUUGCAAAUCACCAGGAUCGGCAUAACGUACAGCGGCAACGAAGUGCCUUCGCUGGUGUUGCCCCUCGUGUACGACACUGCGACUAACUUGACACAGCUAGCCGAGAAGAGAGAUGCCGGUCCAGCGUCUGCCAUAUCGGCUGCAAGUUUACACAUGAAGCGGUUCGCCGAGUUCGCGGUCAAUCAAAACGAAUGCUCCAUAUUCCCAGCCGUUCGGGAUCUCAUGACAAAUUUUGUACUCCCUUCAGAGCCACAACCUCAGAUGUCGCCUGCCCCGAUGAACAUGCACCCGCAAAUGGGCGGACCCGGUGGUCCGGUGCAGUCGCCACUAAUGGGACAACACAUGAUGAAUCAAAAUCCUGGAAUGGUCGAAAAUCCUGGAAUGGUCGAAAAUCCUGGAAUGGUCGGUCAAAACCCUAACAUGAUGGGGCAAAAUCCCAAUAUGAUGGGACAAAAUCCUAACAUGAUGGUGCAAAAUCCAAACAUGAUGGUACAAAAUCCCAAUAUGAUUGGUCCAGGACAAACGUACGGAGGGUCUUCGAUGUCUAAUAUGGGCCCUCAACACGGAAUGAUGCCACCUCACCAGUAGAAAUGUACGCAUCGUGAAAACAAAUUUAUUUAAAUUUACAAUUUUCUAUGUACAGUCUUGGUGAAUACUAACUAACUGAAUUGUUUUUAUUAUUUUUUUUUUUUGGUUGAAAAUUAUUUAUCGUUACCUAGUUUAAAGAAAAAUAAUGAUUACGUUAUUAAACAACAUUGUAUAGUAUUCAAUUAUUAGCUAAAGUUUCUCUAACUUCUGUACAAUUUAGGUUAUUAAUGGUAAAUAUCAAUAACUUUGUUAGUAAAUUAUUUUUAUAUUAAUUUAAUUAUUAGUAUAAGGCUGUAACCGAUGUACAAUUCAUAUACUUAAUACGCUUUGUAGCAA